UAGACUUUUGCCUAGUUCUUGUAUAUAAAUUACACUUCCUUAUUCACUCUCUCUUCAAAACUUUCUUUUACUUAAGAUUUUGUUGUCAGUUCCAGCCAUGAUCAACUUUAAGCAAACCCAGCUCUUGACAUUCCUUUGUUUUCUUCUCAUCCUACUCCCUUCCACAGCACGAGGGGAGUGUACUUGUGAACCUGAAGAUGAAGAUCGCAAUAAGCCUCUAGCGCUCAAAUACAAGAUGGCUGCUAUAGCUUCGAUUCUUGUUGCUGGAGCAAUAGGAGUUUGCUUUCCCCUGCUUGGAAAAACUGUCAACGCUUUACGUCCCGAGAAGAAUUUAUUCUUCACAAUCAAAGCCUUUGCAGCCGGUGUGAUAUUGUCGACAGGAUUUAUCCACGUUCUUCCUGAUGCUACUGAGAGCUUGACAUCUCCUUGCCUCGAUGAAAAUCCUUGGGGGAAGUUUCCGUUCGCUGGAUUGGUGGCUAUGACUUCUGCGAUUGCUACAUUGAUGGUUGAUGUAUUUGCUACUUCUCAUUAUACCAAGUCUCACUUUAAUAAGACCCAACACAUUAACGGCGAUGAAGAGAAAACUGGGGAGCAUGAAAAUCACGUACAUGUUCAUACUCACGCAACUCAUGGCCAUGCUCAUGGCUCUGUUUCUUUGGUUGAUCGCUCCGGUUCAUCUGAGCUUCUUCGACAUCGAGUAGUGUCUCAGGUUUUGGAGUUGGGAAUUGUGGUGCACUCUGCGAUAGUAGGGACAUCUUUGGGUGCUUCUGAAAGUCCAAAGACUAUAAAGCCUUUGGUGGCUGCACUGACCUUUCACCAGUUCUUUGAGGGUAUGGGACUUGGUGGAUGUAUUUCACAGGCACAAUUCAAGUCUCGGGCUGUUGCAAUCAUGGCACUCUUUUUCUCUCUUACAACCCCAGUUGGCAUUGCCAUAGGAAUAGGGAUAUCAAAUAUAUACGAUGAGAGUAGCCCAACAGCUCUUAUUGUUGAAGGGCUCUUCAACGCGGCGUCAGCUGGGAUCUUAAUAUAUAUGGCGCUGGUCGAUCUUCUUGCUGCAGAUUUCAUGAGCCCAAAAUUGCAAAACAAUGGAAUACUUCAAGCAGGAGCAAGUGUUGCUCUUCUUCUUGGGGCUGGUCUUAUGUCUCUCCUGGCUGUAUGGGCUUAAAGCUGUGAUAUGCAAAUUCUCCUUUUUGUUUCUUUUAAUUUCAAUUUUUCCUUAAUAAAGUUCAAUCAAUCACAAAGUCAAAUGGUAUAUAUAUCAUGACAUGAAUUUUUUU